CCUGCCAUUGCUUGGACCCCGUCGAACGCCCCCCCGGCUGACGCACUCAGCAGCAUCAACAACAUAUGUAGGCUGUCGAAACCUGCAUAUUCACUGGUCUGUUUAGACCGACGAUCACAGCGGACAGGAGGCGCUGAUGACUUGGAACAACUUCUUCAAGUCUUUGCUCCUAAGUGGAUGAAACUCCCCGUGUAGAUUUGAGACGACCGCUGUUCCAGUACGUUUGAAAGCCAAUGGAUCUGGCAGCUAAACACGGGCUGGUUCUGCUCGACCAGCUGAGGAGGAUGAGGGAGACGGAGCACUUGACCGACGUGGUGCUGGUGGCCGAGGGCGUCAGCUUCCCCUGCCACAGGGUCGUCCUCUGCGCCUUCAGCCCCUACUUCCGCGUGAUGUUCACGUGCGGCCUGCGCGAGUGCAGCAGCAGGGAGGUCGUCCUGCGGGACACCCCGGCAGAGAGCCUGGCUCUUCUGCUCCACUACAUGUACUGCUCAGAUCUCCCUCUCACCAACAGCAACGUACAAGGCGUCUCCAUCGCCGCGUUCCUCCUGCAGAUGGACGACGUCUUCGCCCGCUGCCAGCUGCACAUGACCGACAACAUGGACGCCUCCAACUGCCUGGGAGUGUAUUACUUUGCCCGUGACCUCGGCGCGGAGGAGCUCGCUGACCACGCCCAGCGCUUCCUCAGGCAGCACUUCGUCCAGGUGUGCGAGAGCGAGGAGGUGCUGGAGCUGGAGGCCCAUCAGCUGGGGAGCCUCCUGUCCUCCGACGACCUCAACGUCUCCAGAGAGGAGACCAUCCUGGACGUCGUCCUGCGCUGGGUCAAACACAGAGCUCUGACGGAGGGAGAGACACGCGACCGGCAUCUUCCGGAGCUUUUGAGGAAGGUCCGCCUGCCGCUGAUAAGCGCCGACUAUCUGAGAGAGUCCAUGAGGAGAAGCGCGGCCUUGCUGGGCGACGCCGACUGCCUGCAGACGCUCAGCGAGGCCCUGGAGGCCGCGGCCGCGCACCCCUCGGCCGCGCCCCGCAAGCUCAGGCUGCGCUACGGCAUGGAGACCACGGACCUGCUGCUGUGCGUCGGCAACGACAGCAGCGGCAUCCGCUCGCGCUACGGCAGCUACGCCGAGCGCAGCUUCUGCUACGCGCCGUCCACGGGCCGCACCUACUACAUCACCUCGCCCCGCUACGGGGAGGCUCUGGGCUACGUGGGCGCCGGGGUGGUCACCGAACGCAACGCCAUUAUAGUGGCGGGGGAGGCGGGUGCUCGCAGGAUGGCGCGACAGAAGGACAUGAACGUUGAGAUCUACAGGUACAGAGUGGAGGCCCAGGGGAGCUGGGAGCACCUGACGUCAGCCGAGUACCGGGACUCCUACGCGCUGGGCGCGCUGGGGGACACGCUGUACCUGCUGGGGGGGCAGAUGAAGCUGAAGAACCAGUUCCUGAUGACUAACUGUGUGGAGCGGUGGUCUCUGCAGGGCGGACCCUGGCGCAGCGCGGCGCCCCUGCCUCUGCCUUUGGCCUAUCACAGUGUGGUCACCAUGAAAGAUCGCCUGUACGUCAUCGGCGGCCGAACCCCACAGUCAUAUCGGACAGAUGACGAGCCCGACCGUCUUAGUAACCGCCUUCUGGAAUAUGAUCCAAACACAAAUAGAUGGACAGAACUAGGUGCCAUGAGGUAUUCAAAGUACCGCUGCAGUGCUGUUUCACUCAAUGGUGAAAUUUACGUGAUGGGGGGCAUUGGGUGUGAAGGAACAGACCGAGGGCAGUCAAGGCACUGCCUUGAUGUUGUAGAGAUCUACAACCCAGAUGGAGAUUGCUGGAGAGCUGGACCUCCUCUCCCAUGUGCACAACUUUCACUGCGCACCAAUGCCUCUAAUGCAGGAGUAGUGGGAGGCAAGAUUUAUGUGUGUGGCUACUAUAAAGGAGCAGACCGUCAUGAUGAUAUAACUAAAGACAUUUUGGAGCUGGACCCAUGGGAGAACCGGUGGACAGUGGUGACAUGCCGUGCACUGAUGCAUGACAACUAUGAUGUCUGCUUAGUAGCAAAUCUUAACCCCAGGGGACUCAUAUCUCCUCCUGUAGACUUAGUAAAACUGUAACAACCCUGUCAGAUCAGAUUAAGGUCUGUUUGGGAGAUUCAGAACAUGAAUAAUUAACUAUUAGUGCACUUGUUGCUGGGUCAAAGCCAUUCACUUUUGCAAGUAGAAUAAGUUUAGUUGCUCAUUGCACAAUGAAGAUUUGUUGAUCUGCUAAAAAAGCUGAAAGCUGAGAAAAAAAUUAUUUGUAAAUACAUCUUUUUUAAAAUUAAUUAUUGGUAGAAAUUGAUAUAUAUGAAUUAAAACACAUUGUAUGUAUGUAAAUUGCAUACAUAUAUACAGUGUUUAUGUGUGUGUGUGUAAUAAUGUCUUGUUAUAAAUGCUAAAACAGAAUAAAUGUUUGCACCCUUA